AUGUCGCUGCGCCAAGCCCCUCAGCGGGGCAUGCUCAGUGGAUUGGGUGGUUCGUCCAAGGUACCUCGACAACCAGCAUCAUCGCAUCAACCACGGCAUCAGCCACAGAACCAGGGCUUGCACCACACAGCCAAAGAAGUGCACCAAGACCAUCCAACGACUGGAGCAAGCAAACCGAAGCAGAUGAACAAUCCAGUGGCGGGAGCAGCCGGAGAAGCACACCGACAUAACGCACCAGCUACGAAAGAGCACCAUGUGCAAGACCUGCAUCUACAUGGCGAAGGAAGGCACCAUCAGCCGCACAGCCAAUCCAACGCCGCAGGGCAUGAAUCCAACAAGCUGCCGCACAACCAACAGUUCCCAGCUUCAAAUAUCCAUGGAACGAAUGUACCGCGUUCGCAACAGAGCAGUUCUCAGCAAGCGAAGACGGAUGAUUUCUCGAAGAAGCCGGAGCCAUCGAAGACGGGUGCUUUCUCGAAGAAGCCGGAGCCAUCGAAGACGGGUGAUUUCUCGAAGAAGUCGAAGCCAUCAAAGACGCAUGAUCUCCCCAAGAAACCGAAGCCAUCGAAGACGCAUGAUCUCCCGAAGAUGCCGAAGCCAUCGAAGCCGGAUGCUUUCUCUAACAAGCCAAAGCCAUCGAAGACAUCAAAAACAGAAAUGCUCAAGCGAGCGCAAAGCUUCUCUGACAAAGCCGCCAAGAUAAUGGAAAACGCCACCGGGCUCAUUACCAAUGGAGAGACAGUGGGGAGCGUCGUGAAGAGCCUGUUUUCCAAUCGUCCUUUGCGGCGUGGGGAUAAAGUCAAGUUCCUCAAAAAUACUGGCGGCCACAAUGGUGACCUUGGGCCCUUCAGGAUAAGAGCAGAAAAGGAGAACAAUCUAUAUGAUGUUGAGGAUAUGGAUGGUGAGCUUGUGAGGGAGAACGUUAGUGGAAAUGAUCUGAAGAAGUGUUGA